AUGUCUCACCUAUCUAGAACUCUUAAAAAUUGUAAAAAUGCACGCUAUACAAAAAAGUUAAAACCCCAUAAUAUACCAGAAAUUAAAAAUUCAACAUGCGAUUUUUAUAUUUGUCGAUAUAGAAAUCUUCAAUUAAUUACUGAAAAUCAUUCGAUUGACCUAUUAAAAAUUGAAAAAUUAAUUGAAAAUUUAGAAAAUUCAGUUAAUCAAACAUCAACUUCACAAUCGGCUCUCUCAAAAAUAGAAAAAAUAAAAAGAGAUCUAGUAACAAAAUUAAACUAUUUAUCAGAAAAAGAAUUAAUCUCUUGCUCUCAGUUAUUUAAAAAUAUGACAUAUACAGAUGGACCAAAUAAAGGAAAAAUUUUAUCAUCAUAUUUACAAGAAAAAGCCACUGAGUUGUUAUUCGCGGGUCAUGGAAAAUCUA